AUGCUCGGCAUCCGUCCUACUCUUAGAGCGAGGCCGUCUCUGCUGGAUCUCAUCCGCGCAAGAGGCGAAGACGACGACAAUAACAGCAGCCAUCCAGAUCAAGGGAGCGACAGUGACCACAAUACAGGCACAGGCAUUACCAGCCCGGGCGUAAGCUCUCCAGCCAGCUCCAGGGGCGCAAGCCGUCGUUCCAGCGGGAGCUUCAGUGGUAAAGCCCCUGCGCCGUCCGCUAACGUUGACGUUAACGUCGCUGGGGCUGCUCGAGACCCCACCCGCAAAGCAUCGUCAUCAUCCUGGCUCCACUCUGGAGCUGGGAAAGCUGCUCUAGCGUUGGUGGAUGUAGCUCGUCAAGUGCCUCUGCCAAACUCUCCACCACCAUCUCCGUCUCCAUCUCCAUCUUCAUCAACACCUCAACCUCCAUCUCGACCGCCUCUUUCGUCCCACUCCUCCCCCGGUUCGACAUCGCCUUCCAUCCGGCCUCAGUCGCCGUCUUCUUCUACCUCGUCUGACCUCCAGUUUAAUCACGCGCCUGUUUCGCCGCCCAAGAUGGCUCCUAAAUCAGCAAAGGCUGCUAACAACAGCAGCAAGACCAACGACGACGAUGGAUUCACGCCCGGUAAAAUCUACUCCAUCUCCGGUCCCGUCGUUAUCGCCGAGGACAUGAUCGGUGUUGCCAUGUACGAAUUGGUCAGAGUAGGACACGACAACCUCGUUGGUGAAGUUAUCCGAAUCAGCGGCGACCAGGCCUCUAUUCAGGUUUAUGAGGAGACAUCUGGUGUCAUGGUCGGUGACCCCGUCACCCGUACCGGAAAGCCCUUGUCCGUCGAGCUCGGUCCCGGUCUGCUCAACGGUAUCUACGACGGUAUCCAGCGUCCCCUCGAGGCCAUUGCCAAGAUGGCCGAGUCCAUCUACAUCCCCCGCGGUAUCGCCGUCCCUGCCCUCAACCGCGAGAAGAAGUGGGAGUUCACACCCUCCGUCAAGGUCGGCGACCACCUCUCUGGCGGUGAUGUCUGGGGCUCCGUUUUCGAGAACUCUUUCCUUCCCAACCACAAGAUUCUGUUCCCUCCUCGCGCCCGAGGAACCGUAACCAAGAUCUCCCCCAAGGGCGAGUACACCGUUGUCGACAACAUUCUCGAGGUUGAGUUCGAUGGCAAGAAGACCGAGUACCCCAUGAUGCAGUCCUGGCCCGUCCGAGUGCCCCGUCCCUCCAACGACAAGAAGUCCGCCGAUCAGCCCUUCAUUGUCGGCCAGCGAGUCCUCGACGCCCUUUUCCCCAGUGUCCAAGGUGGUACCGUCGCCAUUCCCGGUGCUUUCGGUUGUGGAAAGACUGUCAUUAGUCAGUCUGUGUCCAAGUUCUCCAACAGUGACGUUAUCGUUUACGUUGGAUGUGGUGAGCGAGGUAACGAGAUGGCUGAAGUCUUGAAAGAUUUCCCUGAGCUCACCAUCGAGGUUGAUGGCCGUCAGGAGCCCAUCAUGAAGCGAACCACCCUCAUUGCCAACACCUCCAACAUGCCCGUCGCAGCCCGAGAAGCUUCCAUUUACACAGGAAUUACGGUUGCCGAAUAUUUUCGCGACCAGGGUCUCGAUGUGGCCAUGAUGGCUGAUUCGUCUUCCCGAUGGGCUGAGGCUCUUCGAGAACUUUCAGGUCGUCUGGGAGAGAUGCCUGCUGAUCAGGGUUUCCCCGCCUACCUUGGUGCCAAGCUUGCCUCGUUCUACGAGCGAGCCGGUCGUGUCCAGACACUUGGUUCCCCUGAGCGUGAGGGUAGUGUCAGUAUUGUCGGUGCCGUCAGUCCCCCAGGUGGUGAUUUCUCCGACCCCGUCACCACAUCCACUCUGGGUAUUGUGCAGGUCUUCUGGGGUCUCGACAAAAAGCUUGCCCAGCGAAAACAUUUCCCUUCCAUCAACACCUCGCUUUCUUACAGCAAGUAUAACAACAUUUUGGAUAAGUAUUACGAGAAGAACUUCCCCGACUUCCCUCGACUCCGUGACCGCAUCAAGCAGCUUCUCUCCGAUUCCGAGGAGCUUGACCAGGUUGUGCAGCUUGUUGGAAAGAGUGCUCUGUCCGACCCUGACAAGAUUACACUGGACACCGCAGGCUUGAUCAAGGAGGAUUUUUUGCAACAGAACGGUUACUCAGACUACGACCAGUUCUGCCCCAUCUGGAAGACAGAAUGGAUGAUGAAGCUUAUGGUCGGAUUCCACGACGAGGCCCAGAAGGUUAUUGCUCAGGGCCAGAGCUGGGCCAAGGUGCGAGAGGCUACCUCCGAGUUGCAAGCUAAGCUGCGACAACUCAAGUUCGAGGUGCCCACCGAUGGACAGGAAGUGGUCUCCAAGAGAUACGAGGCGAUUCAACAGACUAUGACGGACAAAUUUGCAUCUGUCAUGGAUGAGUAA